AUGCUUGCUGGAGGUUCGCGAGAAGCUGCAGAAGCCGCAGCUCGAUUACCUGGGGUUGAGAAGGUCUAUCACUGUAACCCUGGUGACGCCGCGCUGGACCACCCAGCAGCCGACACUAUUGCUAACGCCGUUGUAAAGCUAACGAAGGAGGCGGGAGCUUCUAAUGUAGUCGCUGGCAACAGCAGUGUUAUCAGAGACUCUCUGCCGCGGGCAGCAGCCAUGCUAGAUACCCAGCCUAUCACUGAUGUCAUCAAGGUCAUCUCGAAUGACACUUUUAAGAGGCCGAUGUAUGCUGGUAAUGUGAUCGCUACAGUGAAGUCCUCGGACCCUGUGAAAGUACUUGUUUUCCGGCCAACUGCCUUCGAGCCUACUGAGGUUCCCCAGAACGGUGAUGCUGCGGAGAUUGUGAAUACAGAGAUCGAUACGGUCGGCUCUAGCAUUGAGGAAGAUGGCGGCUUGGAGUGGCUUGAGCAUAAUGUUGAUCGCAAUAACGAUCAUGGAAUGCCUGUGGCCAUUUCCGUUGAUGAGACCGAGCUGAAAGAGAAUGCGGCCUUCGUUGAUGUGCUACUCCAAGCUCCCGAGAUCCCCAACGAGCCGGCCUCCCCAAGCCAUCAACCGACCCCGCCGGCGGAUGCUGUCGCUGCUGGUCCAUACACCCCGCGGCCGGCUCGAGUACGUACCAGUUCGGAAACGGCAUUGGCAGUACCACCGUCUAGCUCAGGAGUGUCGAUGACUCCAAUGAGUAUUGGAGGAUCGGAGGCGACGGCAUUGACUGCUCCUGCGAAGAGGGCUCGACUGGGACCAGUUGUCCCGACGCAGGAAGGGACCAACUCUGCUAGCGAGGGCGAGCAGAUCACAAUGGUUAUUCAGCUCAAGAGCGGUCUAUGGCGGGCUGAGAUAAUACUGGAUGGGAAGAAAUACCGAGGCCCCUCGAGGGAAGCUGUGGAAGAGGCCGACAAUGACCGUAUCAGGAUGGACCAGGCUCGGGGAACGAACACAUUGCAGGACUUACUGCAGGAGUGGGACAUGACUUCACAGUUGUUGCCUAAGGGGGUGUAUUACAACAAAUCCAAGAAGGCAUUCAUAGCGACUAUUCAUCAGCAAGUCAGUUUUGCGGAAGCAGAAAAUCUCAAUAGUCCACCGUUGGCGAGGUCGACGACAGUGAAAUACGAAGGUCCGUCGAGGCAUACUGUGGAGGAGGCAAUGCAGGACCGUGUACUACUGGAGGCUGCCCAGACACCUGAAGAUCUCCAACUGGUGACUCACUUCAACAGCGAUCGACUUUACUUCGGCUGGCUGUAG